GACGGGCCCCAGAUCGUCUUGGACGACCGCAGAUGGUCGUGGGCGGUGAUAUCAUCGAAUCUCAGGCAGUGUGCAUGGAAGGAUUCCCUCGCAUUCCCAAGCUAUAUUGCGGCCGCAUCCUUGCUGGCGCUGGCACUGCACCUUGUCGCUGCGUCCGGGGUGUUCCAAAAAGUGUACCACCGGCUGCGGCCAGGAAAGGGUAGCGAGAAUGACGAGGAUCACGCAGACGAGGAGGAAGCCACCCCGGCCAUUCCUCCCAGCGGGCUUGCUGAAGAGCUUAAGGAGCACAUCCGCAGUCAUGGAGGACUGACAAUAUAUCUAUUCAAGGUCGCACGACUCGCGGCAUCACUCGGUCUUUUGGGUCUUUCGAUUGCUACGCUCGUACUCGAGGAGAGGGAACAGGUGGAUUCCGACAGCAUCGAGGUAUUUGGGAAGCACUGGGGAAAGAAGCCGAAGCACAAGCACACGGCGGGAGAGUCCGUAUUCACUCCCCUGGAAUGGCUCCAGUUCGCACUGUGCAUGACCUUCUCGUACACGUCUAUCCUGGGUUUCGUCGCAGUUUGCGCGAAACCAAGAUGGGCAUCGGUGGCAAACUUCCAUUUGGUCUUGGUCCUGCUUGUCGCGGCCGGUAUUUACGUGUAUCGUGACGUUUACCCCUUGACGACCUUCACUCUGAGCCCGCAAGAUUCACAAGAGGGUUGGUUAAUCUGGGCGAAAGUGGCGCUGGUACUGUUGGCUGGCGUCGUCAUCCCGCUGGUGAUUCCUCGCCAGUACAUGCCGUUUGAUCCAAAGGACCCGCAACAACCAAACCCCGAGCAAACAGCGUCGAUCCUCUCGAUAGCGGUGUACAAGUUCCUCGACCCAGUUGUCUUUCUCGCGUAUCGUGUCCCGCACCUCUCGCACACGGACCUGCCGCCUAUCCCCGACUACGACUUCGGGAAGAACUUGCGGAAGCGUAGUUUCAAGGAGCUGGAUACGUUCUCGGGCGCGAAGGGCGACUACCUCUUCUGGGGCUUGAUGCGCGUCUUCCGGCGCGAGUACAUAUUCCUCGCGGUGCUCAUCAUCGUCCGCGUCGUCGGAAGCAUGCUCAGCCCGCUAGCGAUCAACCGGCUGCUGUAUGUGCUGCAGAGCGGGUACGAGGACGCGAUUGUGCGCCCGUGGGUGUGGAUUAUGUUCUUGUUCCUGGGCCCGGUAAUGAGCGCUGCGGCGAUCCAGUACUAUAUUUUCAUUAAUACGGGUACGCUCGUCCGCACUGAGGGGAUUAUCACGCAGCUUGUAUUCGAGCACGCGCUGAGGGUAAGGAUGAAGGCUGAAACGGCGGAGUCGGCGGGUAAAAGCACAGAUAAUACUGCUGUGGGGACGCCGGAGACUGCGUCGAUCGUCGAGCCUAGUCCGGGUGGUAGUGAGCCGAGUCCUGGUGGGAGCGAGGGCAGCGAAGACGAGACCGCCCGAGAGCCAAGUACCUCGGGAGGAUCGCAGAAGAAGGCGAAGACGAAGGGCAAGGAUGAGGCGAAGAAGCCGGAGGGUAUCGCCGCCGCCGCCGCCGCCGUGCAGGCCAAGGCUAGCAAUCUGGUCGGGAAGAUCAAUAACUUGGUCACUACGGAUCUCAACAAUCUCGUUGACGGUCGCGAUUUCCUGUUCGUCCUGUUGUACGGUCCGUUGCAAGUGAUUCUCUGUAUGAUAUUCCUUUACGUGAUCCUUGGCUGGAGCGCGUUCGUGGGGUUGGCCGUCAUGAUCGCUUUGGCUCCCGUUCCUGGGUAUAUCGCGAAGCUCCUCCAGAACGUGCAGAAAGAGAGGAUGAAAAAGACGGAUGCGCGUGUUGAGACUGUCACGGAGACGAUGAACGUCCUUCGUAUGAUCAAGCUGUUCGGCUGGGAACGCAAGAUGGGCGAUCGGCUCUCCGAAAAGCGCGAAGAGGAGCUCCAUUGGUUGUGGAAGCGCCAGAUCCUGGGGCUUCUGAACGGUAACAUCAACUACAUUAUCCCCGUCGCGCAUAUGAUUGCUACUUUUGUGACCUACACUCUGAUAAUGAAGAAGGAGCUGAGCGCGUCUAUCGUGUUCUCUGCCAUGGCUCUGUUCGAUUUGCUGCGAGACCAACUGUUCACCAUCUUCUUCAUGAUUCCCAUGUUCAUCCAAGCCAAGGUCUCUCUUGACCGUGUCGACGAAUUCCUCAAAAAGACGGAGCUCCUCGACUCAUUCUCCGAGUCUGCCGACGUGUUGGCUGCAAUGUCUGUCCCGCCCGACGCAGGGGACGAUGCGAUCGGGUUCCGGGACGCGACGUUCUCUUGGUCUAAUGAGGAGACGAGUGGAUCUCUGACUCCUUCGAAGAGGAACUUCCGGCUCCGCGUUGAAGACGAGCUGCUCUUCAAGAAGGGCUCUAUCAAUCUCGUCAUCGGUCCUACCGGCUCUGGCAAGACGUCGCUUCUGAUGGCUCUAUUGGGCGAGAUGCACUUCAUUCCGUCUGGUCCUGGGUCCUGGUUCGGGCUCCCAAGGGCACGUGGUGUUGCUUAUGCAGCCCAGGAAUCAUGGGUACAGAAUGAGACGAUCAGGGACAAUAUUCUCUUCGGCGCGCCUUAUGACGAAGAACGCUACAAGAAAGUUAUUUAUCAGUGCGCUCUUACCCGCGACCUUACGCUGUUUGAUGCUGGUGACCAGACUGAAGUGGGUGAGAAGGGUCUGACUUUGAGUGGUGGACAGAAGGCUCGCAUUACUCUCGCUCGGGCUGUGUAUUCUUCGGCAGGAAUACUCCUCUUGGAUGACGUAUUAGCUGCGCUUGACGUGCACACUUCGAAAUGGAUAGUCGAAAAGUGCUUCAAAGGAGACCUCAUCCGGGGCAGAACAGUGAUCCUUGUCACGCAUAAUGUUGCACUUGCGAGCUCCGUAGCACACUUUGUUGUAUCUCUGAGCUCAGACGGACGGGUCCUGAGUCAAGGAUCGGUCUCUGAUGCUCUCGCGAAGGACCAAGCGCUUUCAGCUGAAGUCGCCAAAGAGGAGAAAGCGAUGGAGAAGGCUGAGGAUGAGAUUGACGCCACUGAGGACCCGACGAAGCCCACGGAUGAAUCCAAGAAAGUCGCUGGUAAGCUCGUUGUGGAUGAAGAGAUUGCAGUCGGUCACGUAAGCUGGUCUGCCGUCAAAUUGUAUCUGCUUGGAAUGAGUGGCAACUGGCCGGCUCUGUUCUGGUCCUUUGUCAUGGCAUGUCUCAUUGCAUGCGAGUUUUCCAACACCGUCCAGACAUGGUUCCUCGGCUACUGGGCGCAGCAAUACCAGACCCGACCUGCAGAAGAGGUUUCCGUGCCGUAUUACCUCACGAUAUACAUUCUGAUGCUUUGUGCCGCUAUCACGAUGUACUGUGUCGGCUAUGCGUUCUACUACGUGGGGUCGAUCAGGGCCUCUCGGGACAUCCACAAGAGGCUGAUUGACUCCAUUCUUGGUACGACCCUACGGUGGUUGGAUAAGACACCUACGUCCAGGGUCAUUGCACGAUGCACGCAGGACAUCCGAGCUGUCGACGGCCCUAUCCCGCAGAAUCUCGGAGGGGUGAUAGAGAUAUCUUUGACAAUGCUGCUGAAGUUCGCAGCUGUUGUGCUGUUCACGCCGAUUUUCAUCAUCCCUGGUAUUGUCGUUGGGGUGCUCGGCGGCUGGUUGGGUCAGAUAUACAUCAAGGCUCAACUGUCGGUUAAGCGAGAGAUGAGCAACGCCCGUGCACCUGUGUUGGGUCAUUUCGGAGCUGCGGUCGCCGGUCUCACAUCAAUCCGAGCCUAUGGCUCCCAGGAAGCCUUCAAGCAGGAAUCUUUGACUCGUAUCGAUCGCUACACUAAGUGCGCCCGCAUGUUCUACAAUUUGAAUCGAUGGAUAUCGUUCCGCAUCGAGGCCUUGGGGGCUCUGUUUGCCUCUUGCCUUGCUGCAUGGCUGGUAUAUGCUCAGCCUGGUAGCACCGCCUCUAACACUGGUUUCUCUCUGACAAUGGCCGUCGGAUUCAGUGGCAUGAUCUUGUGGUGGGUGAGAAUCCUCAACGAAUUCGAGGUUGCAGGUGCCAGUUUGGAGCGUAUCCAACAAUACGUCUCCAUCGAACAAGAGCCUAAGCCCACUCAGGAUGGCGUACCACCGGCCUACUGGCCUUCUAGCGGCGACCUCAAGGUUGAGAAGUUGUCCGCUAGGUAUUCUCUGGAUGGACCUGAAGUUCUGCAUGACCUUUCGUUUGAAAUAAAAGCUGGCGAGCGCGUCGGUAUUGUUGGCCGGACUGGAAGUGGAAAGAGCUCCUUAACGCUUUCUCUGCUCCGGUGCAUUCCGACGACAGGCAAGGUCUAUUAUGAUGGAAUUCCCACCGACAGCAUCAAUCUGGACGCUCUGCGCUCGAAUAUCACCAUCAUUCCACAGGUGCCUGAGCUGCUUAGUGGCACCCUCCGUCAAAAUCUGGAUCCCUUCGACCAAUAUGAUGAUGCGACGCUCAACGAUGCACUUCGGCACGCUGGCUUGUUCUCUCUACAAUCAUCCGAUGAUGAAGGCAGAAUAACUCUCGACACUCAGAUUUCGAGUGGUGGGGGCAAUCUGUCUGUUGGCCAGCGGCAAAUAUUAGCACUUGCCCGUGCCAUCGUCCGACAGAGCAAACUACUCAUCCUAGAUGAAGCCACGUCCGCCAUUGACUAUGAGACGGACACUAUUAUUCAGAAGUCCCUAAGGACUCAGCUGCCCAGUGAUGUUACCAUCAUCACGGUGGCGCACCGCCUGCAAACCAUUAUGGAUGCAGAUAAAAUUAUGGUCCUUGAUGCCGGUCGCAUCAUGGAGUUCGGAGCUCCCAGCGAACUACUAACCAACGAGAAGGGAUUUCUCCGUGCUCUUGUAGAUGAGAGUAACGAUAAAUUCACGCUCUACGCCAUGGCUCACGGCAAUGCUGUCAACUCAUAAUUGCCCUUCGUCCGGAAAAAUGGCCUCUGAUAUUUAGACUCGUUUGUACAGAUCUUGCUUGUUGCAAUCGUAGUGACAUAGACUCACUGAUGGUACCACUUCGUUUCCCGUUCACAGUCGUUGGCCCGUUGCCGUCGUCCGUAUCUGCAUGAGUUCCUAAGUACCUCACUGACAGUAGUGCAUUGUUCUGG